ACUUAAAAAAUCGCCCCUCCCCCUUCCUUUUUGUGGGAUUCCCCGUUAACAACGUGCUCGGCUCAAAAUAUUUUGACUUUUCGUCUGUUUUUGCUCGCCCUCCUACAUACACACCAGACGGAGUCAUCUCUCCCAGCAGCAGCGGAUACAAGCACUCUGGGCUCUUCCUAUUUUUUGCUCAGCCGUGGAAGGAGGGGAACCAAAUGAUGAUGGAGGAACAAGGGUUUGACAGUCUGAGCCAGAACCUGCCACUGAGCCAGGACUCCUUCCGAGAGCUGUGGGAGACUGUGCUAACUCCCUCCAUCUCCACUAUUCCCACAGUGAAUAAUGGGAUUCCCACAGUCAAUAAUGGGACUGAAGCAUGGAAAACAGAUGGACAUAUGGAAAUGAUGCUCAUUGACGAACACGUGCUGGCCGCAGGGUUUGAUGAAAAUCUGUUUGAGUUACCCCCCGAGAUUUCCACCAAAGACGGUGUUACUCCCCCGGCCUCCACCGUCCCUGUUACAACAGACUAUCCAGGGGAGUAUGGCUUCCAGCUUCGCUUUCAGAAAUCUGGCACUGCAAAGUCCGUCACUUCCACUUAUUCAGAGCUUCUCAACAAGCUGUAUUGCCAGCUGGCAAAGACCAGCCCGGUUGAAGUGCUAGUGAGCAAGGAGCUUCCACCGGGUGCUGUCCUCAGGGCCACAGCGGUUUAUAAGAAGACUGAACAUGUGGCGGAAGUGGUCCGCAGAUGUCCCCAUCACCAGAAUGAAGACUGUGCAGAGCAUCGCAGCCAUCUGAUCAGAGUGGAGGGCAGCCAGAGAGCUCAGUAUUUUGAAGAUCCGCACACAAAGAGGCAGAGUGUGACCGUCCCUUACGAGCCCCCACAGUUGGGCUCAGAGAUAACAACCAUCCUGCUCAGCUAUAUGUGCAACAGUUCCUGCAUGGGGGGCAUGAACCGCAGACCCAUCCUCACCAUCCUGACCCUCGAGACUCCAGAGGGACUUGUUUUGGGCCGGAUGUGCUUUGAGGUGCGUGUCUGUGCAUGUCCUGGCAGGGACCGUAAAACUGAGGAAGAAAAUAGCACUAAGAUGCAGAACGGCACCAAACAAACUAAAAAACGUAAGAGCGCGCCGGCUGUGCCUUCACCUCGGGCUCCUGACGCAACUUCUGUGAAGAAGUCCAAGUCUGCCUCCAGUGCAGAGGAGGAGGACAAGGAGGUGUAUGCUUUGCAUGUUCGUGGUCGCGAGCGUUAUGAAAUGCUUAAGAAAAUCCAUGAUGGUCUGGAGUUGCUGGACAAAGAAAGCAAAACCAAGACCAAGGUUUCUGUGAAACAUGAGUUUGCUCUGCCUUCCAGCGGAAAGAGAGUCCUGCAAAGAGGAGAGAGGAGUGACAGUGACUAAGAAGCUUGUUGCCUUGAUCAGGAGAACAAAUGUCCUCUCGUUCUCCCUCCAAGCCAUCGGGUGUAUUUCAGGCACGUCAUCGAAACCCCAAAUCACCUCCUGCCUCAGUACACCAGAAAAAAACUUUCAAUAACUGUGCUGCACGUUCUGUACAGUGUCAAGCAGUUUUUUACGUUAGCAAAUUAAUAAAGGUUUAAUAGAUUAUGCAGAGAAGAGCAUUAUAUACUGUUAGCAGCUCUGCCUCCUCCUCAAUACCCUUAUUGCAUUUAAAUACAAUACUUUGCAUGAAACAGGAUAUCGGGGUAGGACUUAAAAUUGGGAGGGACUAUAUUUGAUCAGUGUUAAUGCAGGGGUUUUCAUGUGAGUUUUAAUGAUUCCAUUUUGUAAAGGAUCAUAAUACAAGUCACUGCCAUUUGUUUAAAGUCAAGCUUGUAAAACUGGAAUGGAUGUUUACCUCCAUUAAUGUUGCUGUAUUACACUCUUUUUGGGUGUCUGAUUGAGAAAGUUCGAUGGGCCCAAAUGGUUAAGUUCUGAUUAGAUGUCCUAUGCAAGCAAACAUAAGAAUAACGUUGGAAUCACAGGCCAGAAUAAAGACUGCCUGUAAUUUUGUCUGCAUGUAAAACUCAGUUAAAUUUUUUUUUUUUUUAUUAAUACAUUUUAUCCCUGUUUAUUUCCAAGGAUCUGUGUGACAUCAGCGGCCUUGCCUUUUUAAUGGUGAAUCCGCUUGCAGGGAACAUGUACGGUUAUGAUUUUUGUGAAAAUGGAACAGUAGAUGUGGUAGAUGAGGGGCUGGCUGGAUCACCCCUAAAGCUAAUCAACUUUUAGUAUUUGUAACUUUUUAUAUACAGCAAAGAGCUGACAAAAAUAGCAAAAGAGGAAUUUUGAUAGAAA